UCGCCCGCCUCCUCCCCCUCCCCCCCAGGGCUGCGCGCCUCGUUCUGAGAGUGACGCAAAACGGCGAAUCUACGGCGCGCCACUUGUGACCAAGAUCAUCACAAGCGGAGGCGGACGGCUCCCCCCGCGCGGUACUAAGCCAGAUGAUCUACAAUUGGUAAUAUCCUUGUUAGGAAUGGAUGGGGAGGAUAAUCAGAAGAGAGAUGAUGUUGAUGAGAGUUCGCAAACUGCAUUAACAAAAGACUCCCUCAUAAAUGCAUCAGGAAAAAAUGCUGAAUGUGACCCUUCAUCUCAGCAGAAAACAAGGCCCGUAUCAGAUGAAGCGUUCAGAGACCUUGAAAAGAAAAGAGAAGAGAAUGACACAAAAAAAAGGGCAUUGUCAGAAUCUUCAAACUCUGACAUUGUUGAAGCAGAUAGACCUGAAAAUGUCUCCAGAAAAAGAAAGCUGAGUUCUUCGGAAUACAUGAAAGAUAGUGAAAGGAAACUGUCGAAAGUCCUACUUGGAGAAGCAGUUAGUAUAGUAGAUGGAGCUAUAAAGAAGGAAGGAGUCACCAGCUGUCUUGGUAAUGACAUAUUUAAUUCAAAUUUGAUGUGCCCACACUGUGAUUUCAAAUGUGCUGAUGGUGCCAUAUUGAAGAUUCACUGGGAAAAUAAACAUUCACAAGAGGUUCCAGCUGCUGUUCCUGAAAACAUACCUUCAGAAGAAAUCAGUGUUAGCUAUUUGGUUGGAAACAUAGGCAAUGAUCUUAAAGGCAAAAUGUGUAAUCAGCUUUCCCCCUCCUGCUCUGAUACAGGAAAACAUAUAAGAGAAAGCCACUCUAGACAACCCAAAGAGCAAACAUGCCCUCACUGUGCAGAACGUGGCUCAGCAGUACACACGCAUGUUAAACAAGAUCACAAGCAAUCCAAGAUAUUUUGUUGUGAUCUUUGUGGUUUUCAGAGUGUUGAGCAAAAUCUCCUAAACUCUCACUUCCUUGGCAAGACACGCCUUCGACGGCAAAACCUUGCUGCACAGGGAGGAUCUGUACAGAUACUGACAAAAAAAUCCUUUAAUAAACAACAGUCUACUGCAAUCAAAGAGAGGAGUGUGAGAACAAAACCUGGGACCAGUAAAUUAAGGACAAGGACUUCUGAUAAAAAAGAACUAAGCAAUGUUUGCAGUACACUGAAAGGCUCAAAAGUAAGCUUGUCUAAACAAAACGAUGGCACUGCACUUGUUGAAAUGAUACCAUCCAUAAAUAUUUCCACUGAAAAGCCAGCUACUAUGACAAAGGAAAUGUUACUUUCUUCCAGUGUUGAAGAAAAUCAUGAAGUCCCUACUGGAAAGCUAGAAAUACCAGGACCCUCGAAAGGCAUCUUGCCUAAAUUGGAACACCCUCCAAUGACCAAAAAGCUAGUUAGCAGUUUAAAAAUGACAGGGAGAUUUGAUAGACUAGAACAUAAAAGAAACGUUGUAUUGCUAAGGACUUCAUUUGGGCAAAAUAGUUCUUUUAGAUUAAAAAGGCAGGUUAAAAGAAGAUAUAAUUUGUUGUGUAGUGGUAAGAAAGGCAAGUCUGAUCCUCAGAGAGUCCACGUGAAGCGUAUCUCCAGCGCACUGCUUAAAUCUGGUGAUUCAAGACCUACACUGCAUACAGAAUUAGAAACGCAUGAUAAAAAUCAAUAUGAAGCUACUACAAAAAUUCAAGAUCUUACUCUAGAUAGGUCAAAUACACUUUCUUCCAGCACUACAGACAUUAAAGAUUCUCAAAUUAAACUUACUGCUGAUCAUAGUGUUCAUCAUACUUGCAGUUAUUGUGGUAAAGUUUUUCAGACCAGAAAAAGUCUGGAAGCUCAUGUUGUAAAGCUUCAUAGAAAUAGGAUCCAGUUUCAUUGUCAGACAUGUAGUUAUUCCUCUAUAGUCAACGAAGACGUGAAGCAGCACUGUCAGAACAGUAAACACCAGAUGGGAGCUUGCAGCUUUAAUUGUCAACUUUGUUCAUUUACUUGCUUGAAUGUGAUCAACCUUCAAAGCCAUAUGAGUGAAGAGCAUAAUAUGUCUCAUAGUUGUCCAGCUUGCCUUCUCUUUUUUCUAGCGGAAGAAGAGCUGGUAAAUCAUCAAACAAAUGAGAAACACGAUCAGCAAGCUACUCCAUUGAGUAACAGUGAUCUGACCUUGCAAGUGGUAACUUAUGCUGCCUUAGAAUCGAACAAUAGUCAAAAACUUGCAAAGGAUAUGGAAUUGUCAAUGAAAGAAAAAAACCCAGACUCCUCCUUAGUAAAUCAUAGAAAUGAACUGAAGCAUUCUGUUCUGAAUAAAACCCAAUUUCAGUGUAAAAAGUGUUUUUAUAAGACAAGAUCUUCCACGGUUCUUACAAGGCACAUAAAACUCCGACAUGCACAGGAAUAUCACUUCCUUUGCAAAGCAUGUAAUCUUUACUCACUGAGUAAGGAAGGAAUGGAGAAGCAUAUCAAAAGAAGCAAGCACCUUGAAAAUGCCAGGAAAAAUAAUAUUGGAUUACGUUUUGAGGAAUGUAUUGAAAAGGUCUGUGUUGGUGUUGGUGGUAUUAAAACAGUGAUGGAGCCUUCCAUUUCUGGGAGUGUGAAUACUGACUUAGAUAAAGAAAUUAUACAUGUCUCAUCCUCUACUGUGGAAAACAUGUCAAGAAAUAAGGAAUUGGUUCCAGAUGAUGAAAGAAUUGGUGAAAAUGAAUUGAUUUUAGCUAAUGCACCAAGAAGAGGGAGACCUAAAGGCACUAUUUCUAGGACAUGUACUCACUGUGGUCUUUUGGCCUCCAGUGUUACAAAUUUGACUGUUCACAUCAGACGAAAGCACAGUCAUCAAUACAGCUAUUUGUGUAAGGUUUGCAAUUAUUAUACUGUAACCAAAGGAGAUAUGGAACGUCACUGUGCCACCAAAAAACACAGAAGUCGUGUUGAAAUAGAAGGACAUGGAAAACAGAACUCAGAGAUCAUUGUUAGUCCUGAAGGAGGUAAUUUUGAAUCCGUAAGCAAGAAGGUUAAUAGCCCCACGACUGUUUUGUAUGAACAUGUUGAGGAUGGUAGCCAGUCAUCAGAUUUGGAAAAUUCUGUCUUAGAAAAUCAAGCAGUUGACCAAGGAAACUCUGAGAUAAAAGCCGAAAAUGCCCAUCGGCUGCCAGAUCUGGAACAUACUCAAAAUUCUUUAAAUAUAAAACAACGUAUAGUUUUGGAAUCAGCUAGGGUUACCCAAGAUGGUGACCCGUGCUUCCAGAGAAGAGCAAUGGGUGCAAAUGACAAGAAGUGCAUACACUGCAACUUCAUUGCUCAUUCUUCUUCUUCUUUAGAGCUGCACAUAAAACGAAAGCAUACAAAACAAUUUGAAUACUACUGUAUGGCAUGUGACUACUAUGCUGUUACUCACAGAGAGAUGAUUCGGCAUGCAGCGACAGAGAAGCAUAAAAUUAGGAGAGAAACCUAUGUUUAUUCUUCCUCUGGGGAGGAAGCAGACACAGCAAAUAUCACUAAAGAAGCCACUGCUUUGUCUCAAGAGGAGCGUCAUCGUGGUCCAGGAGAACUAGAAACUGUUUUAAGUGAAAUAAAAUAUGCCAAAGAUGCAGCAGAGGGUGAUCAUAUGAGUAAAAGCUUAACCGACUGUUCUGUCUUAGAUGAAGAUGCAUCUCCAGAAAUGCCUGAAGAAGGCAGUUCCCAGAAUACAAUAGAAGCUGAACUCGUAGAGGAAUCUAAAAAUGGAGGCAAAAAUCAUUUUUGUGAAGCAUUCCAACAAGCUCCUCAAAAAGACAAAGUUGUUAAACUUGUUCAGGAGGUAUCAGUUAAAGAAGCAGGUACUUGUGAUCUUCAGAAAAGUGGGCAUGGUCAGGAGGUGCUCAACUCGGAUAACCGUUGCACUGCAGAAAAUCAAAAUAGAUCAAGUGACACAAACGUGAAUUCAGGAAAAGGUGAGGAAAGCUUGGAAUCAAAUAGAGAAAACCCUGAAGUAGAAUGUAGAAACACAGAUGUCCUCGAAGAAAUAUCCCUAAAAGAAAAUAAUCCACUUAGGCUAACUCUUCCGGAAAGGAGUAGUACAGUAGAGCAAUCAAAUUUUGCUGAAAACAUUGGGGAAACGGUACAAAAUAUACGUAAUUUAGAGGAUGACAGAAGUUUUGAAGAGGAUCCUACUGGGGAGGAGGAAGAAGCCCUUAUGGAAGCACAACAUGAAGCAGAAGUAACUAUAAAUAACAAUGUCUGGGAGGCAGAUGGCUCAACAGCUGAGGGCAUGCAAGAAAGUAGUAAUGAGGCUUUGGGAACAGUUAUCAAUGCUGAUGAUAAAGGAAAGAUGAUGCAGAAUUUUGGCAAGUUUGAUUCUUCUAUAGUAAGAUUAAAAAGCCAUCAAGAUGGAGAGACUGCUGACCAUUCUGAUGAAGGGCAGAUACCAGGUGGAGUGAAAGCUAGUGAGCUCACUGUGAAAGCAGACACGUCACCAAGCGGUGUGAAAAAGAAGAAAUCAGAAGGAAUUUCCCUUGGGGAAUCGACACGUAUUCGCUGUGAUGACUGUGGUUUUCUAGCAGAUGGUUUGAGCGGACUAAAUGUUCACAUAGCCAUGAAACAUCCUUCAAAAGAAAAACAUUUUCAUUGUUUACUUUGCGGAAAAUCAUUUUACACAGAAAGCAACCUUCACCAGCACUUGGCCAGUGCUGGGCACAUGCGAAAUGAGCAGGCAAGUGUGGAGGAGCUGCCAGAAGGAGGCGCUACCUUUAAAUGUGUUAAGUGCACGGAGCCCUUUGAUUCAGAGCAGAACUUGUUCCUCCAUAUCAAAGAGCAACACGAAGAACUGUUGCGGGAAGUGAACAAGUACAUUGUGGAAGACACGGAGCAAAUAAACAGAGAGAGGGAAGAGAAUCAAGGCAACGUCUGCAAGUAUUGUGGGAAGAUGUGUAGAAGUAGCAAUUCCAUGGCCUUCCUAGCUCACAUUCGUACCCAUACAGGAUCAAAGCCAUUCAAGUGCAAGAUAUGCCACUUUGCAACAGCUCAGCUCGGAGAUGCCAGAAACCAUGUCAAGAGGCACCUUGGGAUGAGGGAAUACAAGUGUCAUGUCUGUGGGGUGGCCUUUGUGAUGAAGAAACAUUUGAAUACUCAUUUACUGGGCAAGCAUGGAGUUGGCACACCAAAAGAAAGGAAAUUUGCAUGCCACCUGUGCGACCGGAGCUUCACAGAGAAGUGGGCACUGAACAACCAUAUGAAGCUGCACACGGGCGAGAAGCCAUUUAAGUGUACCUGGCCUACCUGCCAUUACUCCUUCCUCACCGCUUCUGCCAUGAAAGACCACUUUAGGACGCAUACAGGCGAGAAGUCGUUCCUGUGUGACCUUUGUGGCUUUGCCGGCGGGACACGUCAUGCCCUCACCAAGCAUCGGAGGCAGCACACAGGAGAGAAACCGUUCAAAUGUGAUGAGUGUAACUUCGCUUCCACAACACAAUCGCAUCUGACACGACAUAAGCGUGUCCAUACUGGAGAAAAGCCUUACAGAUGUCCCUGGUGUGACUACAGGUCCAACUGUGCUGAAAAUAUCCGUAAACACAUCUUACAUACAGGAAAGCAUGAAGGAGUAAAAAUGUAUAACUGUCCUAAAUGUGAUUAUGGAACCAACAUCCCAGUGGAGUUUCGUAACCACUUGAAAGAACUACACCCAGACAUUGAAAAUCCUGAUCUGGCAUACCUGCAUGCCGGAAGAAACACUACUAAAGCAGGACCUAGGUGGUAAUUGUGCAUUCACCUCAGACGUUAAACUGAAGGCUUUUUCAUUUCUUCUUUUCCAUCCAUUUCUGCCUGCUGGACACCUGAGAGUUAAAGAUUUUACAGAAGAUUUUUAGAGGAAUGAGAGAAUAACUCCAGAGCCCUGGCUAACAUUUCUUAUCAAACUAAGAUUUGUUCUAUGUCUGGUUCAUGGUUACUGAUUGCAUAUUGGUCAUUGCCUAUACCCACAGAGAAUCCACAAUAUGAUACAGAACUCUUAAGGAUGAUAGGAAUAUGAAAGUGUCAUAAAAAAUCAAUUUUUUAACUAAAACUUAUUUCUCUUCCUUUUGUGUUCUAAUAUUGCUUUGUAACAGGAAAGCCAUCCCCCUUGCUUCUUUGAGCAGAAUAGAAAUAGAAGACUAGUCAGAAACUCCUUUGCGGCAGCUCAGCAAGAUCAGAGCUGUAGGUUAUCUUUAAGGUGUGGCUGGGAGUAAGAUUCAAGCCUCUUUCUCAUCUGUGAAAUGGAAAUUAUCAGUUGGAUUUCUAAUGCAGAGUUAAUACUCUUUGAAGUAAUACUAAUAUCUGUUCAGCUUUCUUUGGCUAUUAAUAUACUGCUUUAUGGGGUCAAUGGCAGCAAAGAGCUUGAAGAAGCUGCAUUUCUAGGGAAAAAGCCUUGGAAGGUGGGUGAGGGAACAAGUUAGAUUCUGCAUGAGUGAGAGUGAUACUGCAGUUGACAGGUGAUAGCCCUUUCUAUUUUGCAUCUUUGAAAUCCUUUAUAAUGUGAGGAAUUAAUAUAUGGAAAUGCUACAAAGCCAGGUCUGCAGAGUUUCUUUCCCCUUUUGCUAUAGACUCCAUCUCAGAAGGAGAUGUUUUAUUAUGCAACUCUAUUCUUUAUAGACCUCAAGAAGUAUCAUUAUAUGUUUUAAAACAAUGGCAAUUGAGAGAAUAUUUCUGUCUUUAGUAUCGAAUGUGUCCUGCACUGUUUUUCUCAGUGCUUUGUCUGCUUUGGAGCAGCAUCACUUCGUAGUGAUAAUUUUGGUUUGAACUAAAUGUUCUUCAUUUAGGAGCUGUUGUCUUACAGACAUUAUGAUAUCAUUAUGAUGCAUUAUUUAUGUCCAAAGAGAAUAAUAUCUAUGGCGUGACAACCCCAUUAUUCCAAUAGCUGCAGAGACCAUGGCAUCUCGCUGUGCGUGUAGUACUCUCGUGUGGAUACUAAAGUGGCAGUGAGGCAAAAAGCUCUUCAGAGGGAAGAGGAACAGUUUGCUCAUUAUUAUUUUCUUGAUCAUGUUGAAAGUUAUGUGAUGAUACUGUAGUGCUGGAGCACUAUUUGGCUCUGAUAUAAAAAUUGGGAGUCACACUGUGGAUGACUGUUUCAAAACUCAUAGGGAUGUCAAGUGGUAGGAGUACCAGCACUGUUUUUGUCCUAAGGAAGUCGUCUUUUUCUGCUACCAUUAUCUUGUCUGUGCUAAUCCUGGGACUGGGACUUCUGACUGCAGUGUCUCUGAUGUUGACAGAUGUUGCAUUGUUUUUGAACUUGGUUAUCAGUAGUUCCUCCAUGAUUCUUAAAUGGGAUGGAUGGCUGGAAGCAAGGUAGCAGCAAAGAUUUUGUCUAUAUCAUUAUUUCUGUGCACUGUUCAGAAGUGAACAGGAUCUCCAGGACUGAGUGCCGCUGUAGGAAGUUGGAAGAAUCCCAUUUUUGCUGUGCCACUAAUUUGUGUUGGGCUUGAUCUGUGUCUGAAUUUCCCCAUGUGCAAAAUCAGUGCAAUGUCUAUACAGUUCAAGGCAAAAAUCAUUUGCUUAAAAACAGUUUCACAACAGUCAGCUAUUUGAUUAAGGAACUACGUAAGACAUUCAACAGAAAAUUCUGAGGUGUUUUAUUAACUUAGAAUUAGCAGUCCUGAACUCUUUCUUGCAGCUCUGUCCUUUAAAAAAAAAAGAAAAAGAGAGGGAGAGAAGAAAAAAGAAAAUCAGGGAAGGCAGAACAAAUUAAUCAUGUUGUUUGAUAAGGGUUAGUCCACUCUUUCUUUGAAAGUGAUACUGUGCUUCUGUUGUGCCAAAGUUACGCAGCAUGCUCUGAGAGCAUCUGCCACGCUGGGCCCUGCAAGUAGGAGCAGGAGAGGAUUGUUUAUUUUUGUAGGUCCUGGGAGAAGUACAAGUGUAAGCUGCUUCCUCCAGCUGCACAGCCAUCUUUCUGGGUAUGCCUGGAAGUAGAGCUUUGUGUGCCUGUGCCUCCAUGAAAAUGGAGGUGCCUCGUUAAUUAUAGGUGCCCCUGGGGUUGGGCAUCCGUUGAACAAAGAUUGUGACGAUUGUGUUUUGGCAGUUAGCUGCCGAUGUGGUGAUUGAAUGCUUAGUCCUUAUGAGGAAUUACAUAAUUCAUGACCAAAAUGAUAGAUAGGUACAUGAUUAUAGUGUAUGAGUUGCUUCACAGGGAGAAAAUAUCAGAUGUGAGCAACUCUUAAUCUAGCUGAGAAAAGCCUCGGAAAAAUCAGCUACUGAAAGUGUAGUCAGACAAAUUGCAAUGAGAAAUAAGGUGUGUACAUUUAAAUAUGAGGUCAGUUGAUCCCUGGCAUCAACGACCAGAAGAAAUUGUGCCUGUUCCACUCCUUUGAGUCUCCAGAAAACUGGAUGUCUUUCUGGAAGAUAGGCUUUAAGAGGGCUCAAGGUUGCUGGGCUCACUGUGAAACUAAUUAAGUGAAAUUUAAAGGGCUUUGAUAUACUGGGAGUCAGACUAGUAUCUAAUGGUCAUUUCUGGUCUUAAAUCUCAAGACAUUCUCAAUCUAAAGCCUCUUGGUGCAAGGGUCGUGUUUGCGAAUCUGAAGUAUUGUGAUAGUAGAGGGUAGUUCAGGAGACACAUAAGUCCCCUGAAGUGCUCUUUCUCUUUCAGAUGACAGUCCCAUUAAAAGUACCAUCGGCGCUAAAUUCUUACCCUCUUUGAGCCUGAAGUACCUGUGCCUGACCAGAGAUAUACUUGCCUAAAAUAAUUUUGUUUCUAGUAUGUAGUUAAAUCCUCCAUAAAACACAUAGGAACAUUCAUUUGACCGAAAAAAAAAAAAAAAGGUGUUAGAAGAAUCCUAUUGAAAUGCUGAAAUGCUGCUCUCUUGGUUGACAGUUUUCUUACUGUUUUAUUGACUCCUGAGCUGGGAAGUUGAUGAAAAGGCUGAUCAAUGAAUCAGCUGCUCAGGAGGUCAGGCUGGUUCCUGCGCUUUGCUUUUUGUGGCUUAGGGGAACAAGAGUUGGGGGAUACUUCAGUUCUUUCUGGAGAGCAGUGAAAACAAGGAAACUUUACAGCAAAGUCUUUUUAAUACCUAAGUUUGGGAAAUAUUUCUCCAAACUUUUUGGAGUGUACUUUCCAAAAGGCUAUGCUCUGCACACAUUCCUCUUUCUGUUUCUUUAGCUUUUGAGAAACAAGGUUAUGCUGGCAAACCGCGGUGUGAUUACAUCAUCAACAAGGGACAAAAUCGUGAUGCUAUCAGUUGUAGCAGUUGCAAUAUUCAUGAAUGGAAUUCUGAAAGUUCAAAUAGUUAAGUCCAAAUAAAAUUAUGAUUCUUAUCCCACUUGACAGCUACAUUUAUCAAAUUAUUAAGAGAAAAAAUUGAUUGCUAAAAGUUAUGGUGUGAUCUAUUAUGUGAUUUUAUCAAGGUAUUACUGUAUUACCAAGUGGAAACUGUAGACUUACUCAGAAUGUGAAUUGAACACAGAUAACUUGAUAAUUACUGGUAUACUAGUGCUUUUCUGUUCUUAAAAUUUUCAUUUUUUUCUUGUCUUUUUUCUCUUAUAUCUUUUCUCUGAC